GGUCGACGGUUCGUUGCGCGUGGACUGGAGCGCGGCAAGCUCCCUGUCUGACCUCGCGCUUUUGGGCAGCACGCGGACCUGCUUGGCGCGCAGACUGAUUCUGACAGCACCUUUGGGCGCACUGGACUUCAGCGAGGUGAAUGUUGAUGACACCAUUGAAAUGUUACCAAAAUCAAGAAGAGCUCUCACCAUUCAAGAGAUUGCUGCAUUAGCGCGAUCCUCCCUGCAUGGUAUUUCCCAGGUAGUGAAGGACCAUGUGACAAAGCCUACAGCCAUGGCUCAGGGCAGAGUAGCCCAUCUCAUAGAGUGGAAAGGCUGGUGUAAGCCUAUCGACACUCCAGCAGCCCUGGAAUCAGACUUCAACUCUUACUCCGACCUCACUGAGGGAGAACAGGAGGCACGCUUUGCUGCUGGUGUGGCUGAGCAGUUUGCCAUAGCGGAGGCUAAGCUGAGGGCCUGGUCGUCUGUGGACGGCGAUGAGUCCAACGAUGACUCAUAUGACGAAGACUUUCUGCCAGCCAAUGAGCCCACCACACAGAGCACAGAUGUGCCAUCAUAUCCUCCCUACUUGAAGGACCUGAUCCACAGCCAGCUUUGCCAACAUCUGGGCCUGAGAGGGCCCUGUUGUGAGAGUGUAGGAGGCGGAGGAGGAGGAGAGGGAGGUGGCAGCGGAGAGCCCUCUCCUACAGCAGGUUCACCAGACACCCUUUGUUCCAGCCUCUGCAGCCUGGACGAGCACCACCCGCUGCUGCGUGACCUGGGUGGCCACCGUGGCACCCACUCCCACAGCAACGCCGCAGAGCUCGCGGCAAAGAUCCUGUCGGCACUGCAGGGAGGGGAGGAGCUGCUGCUUGCCCGACUUCAGAGGGUGGGGCAGAACGGGCCCGGUGGGGGGGACUGCAGCUUCCACAGCCUUGGCGGGGGUGGACGGGGCAUCAGGCCCUGUGGGGGUCAGGACUCUCCUUGCUACUCCGUGUCUUACUCUGAGACGUACCUAUCACCCGGCGAGGAUGACGAUACCCCCUGCAAGGACUAUGAGAGCCCCGUGUGCCAGGUAGAGGCAGAAGGCAACGGGGUGGAGUACCCGCCCAACUAUGACCCACGCAGGAGGGUGUCCGACGUGGCCUCCUCUGGGGUCGUCUCUCUUGAUGAGGAGGAUGAAGAGGAGGAGGAGGAGGAGGAAAGGCUGGGAGAGCCAAACAACCAAUGACUCCUCUCUUCUCACCUCAGUGUUUAGUCCCCCCAUGCUCUUUGAAGGGUUUCUUUUCUUUGCAAGAACUUCCCCACUUCUCCAUGGUGUCUGAAAAGUUUGAACCUUUGCGCAUGUUUUUUUUUUUUUCUCCUCUGACUGAAGUCUAAAUCAUCCGUCUUUGCCUUACUUGCAGCAUCUCAGCUCCUCCUUUCCACAUCAUAACUGCUUUGUCCCCAUUCGAUGUAUCAACUCUAUUUUCUUUCAAGGCGUCCAAACAAUCUUUUUUAUCAGUGUGAAAACAGGAGUGCUAGACUUGCUACAGCAGCCUAUGGUAAAAAAAGUCCAAUGACUUACCCGUGGGUAUGACGCUCACAGUUUUUGGCUCUGUACCUUCCUGUGAAGCAACUCCAAAAACGGACACCAUCAUCAGGCAGACAGAGUGACUGAGUCCACAACUCUGACUUACCUUUGCAUGUGUUUUGCAAGUGCUGAAAUCGAUGGGCUGACCCGGUCAUGAGCACGGUUUGUAAUCUCAGCUGUUCUGUAUAACCCCGCCCAUCUCCCCAGCGUCUCCCAUUGGGGGGGCAGGUCGCACUGCAUCCUGGGACCUGUCCUCACCAACCCCCUUCCCUCCCCCUCCUUUGCAAGAGACAAAAUAGCAUCCUUUUGGGCAUGGCUUGCUGAGUAUGCCAAACUAUUUAACCCUGUCACUACCAAUUAUGAGCAAAUGCUGGAAUGUCUUCAAAGUGACAGGACAUAGUAUGUAUUUUAAAAUAACAAAGUUUAAAAAAAGAUUUGUCACAAAUGAUAUGACAGAAAUGAUAUGCUUUUAUUGUACUAGUUUUCUAUCACUCAAACAUGUUGUUGUUCACAUUAUUCCAAACAUCAUUAUGAUGGACAUCUGCCAUAAUGAUCAACUAUAGCUACUGGAUAUUUUUGGGGUUCUGUGGAUUCCUGCAUGGAAGACACAAGAACUUUGGUUGUCUUAAAAAAAUACACAGCAGCAGCAGCAGCAUCGACGACAACAAACACAAACAGAAUGUUCCUGAAGUGACCCUUCGGCGAUAGAUGUUCGGCAGGAAGUGGCGCAGGCUGAUAAGAGUUGCAUUGGAGAUUUUCUAUAUUUUUGUAUGCGUUGUCUUGCUUUGAUCUCUUUGCCUAUGCGGCGUGCCAGUGUAUGUGGUUUUUUGCACGAAGCUAACGUGGGUGUAGAUUUCUCCUUUUCUUUGUUAUCACUGUGUGAUAUAGUCUACUGGGAAAAAAAAUAACAAUACAAAUGUGAACAAAAAAGUUUUUAUUUUAUUUUUUAUUUCAAAAGAGGAUACUGUGAUACGGUCUGUUAUUGCCAUUUGUCAUGAUCCUCGCAAAGAGCUGUUGUUUUUUCUUUUCCAAAAAUGUCAAAAUGCUCUUCUUUCUCUCCUCUCAUACUGACUCCUGAAAAGCUUUGCCUUUUAUUCUGUACUUUCCCUUCUUUUCUAUGAUGUUUGCAAAAGGGCAUGUUUAUGUGACACAUGCAGAUACUCCCAUCUCCAUGGUGAUGUGAGGAGCCCUGUUAAGGUUCUCCCAGAGGGACUGUCAUUCAUACAACUCAGGAAAUCCCAUCAGACCAGAGCAUCAGUGCAUCCCGCCAGCACGCAUAACUACACUUAUCUCUCACCCCCCCAUCUCGGUGUGCUUGUGUGUGUGCAUUUUGGGAUUUUGAGUGCGUGUUUGUUAGAGAGAGAAAGCCUUGUGUGCGUAGUUAUUUUCUACAAAUAAUUAAAGCACAGAUUCAGUCCCCACAUUUCUUUUUUUAGUUGUUUGACUGUUUAGAAAAGCCUCAAUGUGUGCAGAUGUGUGAUAGUGUGUGUGGAUGUAUUGUAAGAUGUCAGCAAGCUCCUCAAGCUUGCACUGUAUAUCCAUUCCAAAACCCCUCCACUGCAGCGAUUCCCUUUAAAACAGUGUCUGGUGUAGCUGAGCUCUCGUUGGAGGUUUAACUUUUACUGGUGCUGGAGAUUAAAAAAAAAAAAAGAAUAGCAGCGCAUACUUUGGGAAAUGAUUUUGAAACUAAAAUAAGGGAGGACAUUGUUAAAUCGGCUAACUUAAAUAAAAAAAAGCUACAUGAAAAUGAGAAGUACAAGUCAGGAGAGUUGGAGAAGACAGCGACAACUCAGGGGGAACCAUUGAAGCUGUGCCUUUCAUUCGUCACCUUUGACCUCCCAAGUUGCACCGUCAUCAUCACCACAUCCUCCACGCUGUCACUCAGGCCAUAGCUUCCCAAAUAAGCAUCCAUCUCUCCUUUU